AUGACAAACUAUCUCCUCCUGGCAGCAGCAUUAGCUGUAAUUGUCCUUUCCACAGAGGCACGUGGACCACGUGUCACUGACAAAGUUUUCUUCGAUAUGGAAGUUGGAGGAAGGCCAGUUGGAAAGAUUGUUAUUGGACUAUUUGGAGAAGUCGUGCCGAAAACUGUGAAGAACUUUGUCGAGUUGGCACAGAGACCCGAGGGCGAAGGCUAUGUUGGAAGCAAAUUCCAUCGCGUCAUCGAGAACUUUAUGAUCCAAGGAGGAGAUUUCACUCGCGGCGAUGGAACCGGCGGUCGUUCAAUCUACGGAGAGAAAUUCGAAGACGAAAACUUCAAGCUUCAACACUACGGCGCCGGAUGGUUAUCGAUGGCUAACGCCGGAGAAGACACCAAUGGAUCUCAAUUCUUCAUCACCACUGCCAAGACGUCGUGGCUCGAUGGAAAGCACGUUGUGUUUGGAAAGAUUUUGGAGGGAAUGGAUGUGGUUAGAGAGAUCGAGGCUACACCAAAAGGAGCCGGUGACCGACCAAUCGAAGAUGUGGUCAUUGCUAAUGCAGGUCAUAUUCCAGUCGAGACACCAUUCACUGUUGCUAGACAAGGAGUUAACUAA